AUGGAUGAAUCAGACAAAGCGUAUCUCCGCAAGCUAAAUUCAAUGGACAAUUUUAGCAGCCUUACAAGUUUUUCAACGUCCCAGACUUCUACUUCAAGUUUUCUAUCAAAAUCUUUAUCAUUAAAACCCAACGGUAGCCCCGAUUUUAAAAAUGACAACAAAUGCCACAUUUGCGAGAAAAAAUUUUCUUUGACAAACAGGCGGCACCACUGCCGCUAUUGUGGAAAUUCUGUAUGUGAAGAUCACAGCACCAAGCGCAGAGUCCGAGAUGAGUCGAAAAAAGCAAGAAUUUGUGAUAAUUGUGAUAGAGAAAUUAUUUCUGGUGAAAUUAAAGAUGAAAUUGAAAAUGAAAUGAUAAGACUGCAAAACGAGCUGCAAUCUGUGAGAGAACUAAAUGAAAGAUUAUCCAAAGAGCAUAAAGAGAAGUUUUCAAGGGUAAACAGCUUGGAAGCUGAGCUAACCAAUGCAGACAAAUCACAGAAACAAAAAGAGCAGGAUUUGCAAAAUAAAUUAAAUCAGGAAGAAGAAAGAGGUGCAAAAGCUAGAACUGAAGUAGAAGAAUUAAGAAGAGCUUUGGAACAAUCGCAUUCGUGUGAAAGAGAAAUUAAUGAUAAAUGUGCAGAAUAUGAAGCAAGGCUAGCGAAUUUGAAAUCUGAAGGGGAAAUUCUGAGAGAAAGAAAAGAAGAAUUAAUUACGCAGAUUGAUCAUUUGACUAAUAAAUUGAAAGGAAGUUUGCCUCUUGACCAAAUUAAGAUGCUUUUGUGCCCAAAGUGCCAGCAGAAACUUAAUCAGACUUACAGGCCAUUUUCAAUGAGCGGAUCGAUGCUUGAAGAGGAUGGAGAGUCUAUGUCAUAA